AUGGCAGACCCUCAUCCACUCCAACAAUGGUUCACAGCACAAGGUGUACAGCUGCACCCCUCUCUGUACCUCGCGGAGGACCCAAAGACAGGGCUGUCAUUCUACACCUCCUCUCGGCUACCAAAGGAUACAGCGGUGAUCAAGGUCCCUAGGCAGCUAUGCAUCACUUCCCACUCCGCCUUUCUCCGGAUCGAACAGCUGUUCAAGGUGAUCGAUGAAUAUGAAGGUGUGGAUCCAAAAGAGGAGAAACUUCCCAAAUCAGACUGGAUCCUUCUUUAUCUAGUUGUUUGUCGCUUAGCACUCGAAUAUCUCUCCUCUCACCCAGGGUGCGAGGAGGAGCAAAAGUUAAGAGAAGUCCUAACACACCUCCCCUACGUAGCACACAUCCCAACUACGAUCGAAACCCCUCUACACUUUUCCCCCUCCGAAUUGAACCUUCUCUGCCAAACACCCUUAAGAGGAGCCGCUGAUCGACGGCUCAAUGCGACAAUAUGCGACUACGCAUCGGCCAUCUUUCAGUGUCCUUAUCCUCCAUACGGAUCUCCUACCUUUGCAGGCUUCUUCAGGAACACCUUGGAACCAAUCACACUCAGAAACACUCAGUCGGAUCAGUAUUUCACCCACACCUAUCAUCGGGGCUUAGAGCUAUGGAGAUGGGCAGAAUCCGCUUUCACCUCGCGGUCUUUCCCUGCACGAUUGAUCGGGUUGGAUGAUAACGAGACAGCGCCAAUCUUGAUUCCCGCUUACGAUACGUUUAAUCAUGCUCGUGCCCACCCCGUCACAUGGACUCACAUAGCCGGCACAGGUGGAGAGGUGGGGAUGGUGGAGAUGACGCUGAACUACGAGACGACAGAAGGAGGUGUUCAGGUAUGGAACAAUUACGGAGGAAAGUCUAAUGAGGAGUUCUUGUCUGGAUACGGGUUUGUGUUGGAUACUAUUAGCGAAGAUACGUUGGCGUUGCAGCUAGGUGGUGAGGGGAUGUUGGGUAAGACUCAUUAUUGGCGAAUCCCCCCAGUUCCCUCUGCCCUCUCUGAGCAGGAAAAGGAGGGCAGCGGAUUCAAGCGAGCCAAAUGUCCCUGUCCAUCAUUACUCGAGGAACUCGGGGAGAAGGUGCUUCAAGGUGACACCCCCCCCACAGCAGAACAGGAACAACUCGAGCUGUAUGGAGAGGUAUUGGAGGCAUUAGAAGGAUUGCUGUUAACCAAGCGAAAAGCUUUCCGUGCAAGUAACAGCCGAAUCAGAAACCUCGAUAUCAACUUCGUGGAACAUUGGCCAGUACACCAACCACAUGAAGGAUGGUAUCGUGAAAAGUACACUCGCGAAAAUGGCAUUCGGAAGCACGUUUGGAGAAUGGCUAUGCAGUAUAGGAAGGGUCAAUUGGAGCUGAUGAAUCAUGCUGUGGAUUGGACACGCUCUGAGCUGGGGAGGGUUGCUGAUGCUCUCGAUGUAUUUGACGAAGACUGA